AUGGCUCGUACCAAGCAAACCGCCCGUAAGUCCACUGGUGGCAAGGCCCCUCGAAAGCAGCUUGCCUCCAAGGCUGCCCGCAAGUCGGCUCCCUCUACCGGAGGUGUCAAGAAGCCCCAUCGCUACAAGCCCGGUACCGUCGCUCUUCGUGAGAUUCGACGAUACCAGAAGUCGACCGAGCUUCUCAUUCGAAAGCUCCCUUUCCAGCGCCUUGUUCGCGAGAUCGCUCAGGAUUUCAAGUCCGACCUUCGAUUCCAGUCUUCUGCCAUCGGUGCUCUCCAGGAGUCCGUCGAGUCCUACCUCGUGUCUCUGUUCGAAGACACCAACCUUUGCGCGAUCCACGCGAAGCGUGUCACCAUUCAAUCCAAGGACAUCCAACUUGCCCGCCGCCUUCGUGGCGAGCGCAACUAA